CACCCCCACUUCUUCGCGUGAGUGGGACGAUGGUCCCCACGCCAGCCGAGGAGGUCGUGACGACGGUCUCUGGACAAAUCAGUAACGCAGCCGUCACCGUCCUCCAAGUCCUUCCUUUGGCUGGUGUCGAAUCAGCAGGGGGACUUUCUCGCGGUCAGAAGAUUCUUCUUGUGGUGGUCACCUCGCUUGCCGGGAUAACCACGGUGGGAUUGAUUGCUCAUUAUUUCCGUCGACAACGGAACAUUCCUUCAAGUCCGACGUUUUCGUCAUCGCUGCUCGGCAAAGGACGUGGUGCUGACAUUCCCGACGGUGUGGGCAGUAGUGGAUUUGCGCUCAGACUGCUCGGCAGAGGUCAUUCCUCAUCAACUUCCACGAUCAGCCCUCAACUUCCCGGAAACCGGAGGAGUGGGCCAUCCUCCAUCCUAACGCAGUCCACCCUCGUCUCCAAUUCCGUCCUGGAUCUAGGCGUAGGCCAAUCCGGGCUGAAUUGUACGCAACUUGGAAUUCUAGGAAUGGAAACACUUCAAAAAUCGGUCUCGUUUUGGGAAGAGUCUCUCCAACUGUUAAAGCAAGAGAGGGACGCCAGUCUGCUCGAAAUGGACGAAGACGACGAAAACAACGUCAGUCGCACGAUCGCUCAGCUACAACCAAUACUCGAGGCGGCCAAACAAUUGCAACAUUUAGCGCAGGAGCUCUACUUGGACGAGGGGUCCGUGCUCUACGCAGAAUCGGAGCAUGGCGGGGGUGGCUCUCUGACCUCGUACGAUCGUCGCAGUCGUCUCCGCUCCGUCGGCUCUGUGGAUUCUUUCAUGUCUGCAGAAGACUGGCUGAGCGACGAUGAAGACAUUCUUCAAAGUUUGGACUCCGCUGGAUUUCAGUCGUUCAAAUUAAGCGAGUCAGGCGGUCAAGGUGACAGCGAUGGGACUGGUGUCCGGCAUCCUCUCUUUGAACAUGCCCUCCAACUCGUGGAAGCGGGUGCGGUGCCGUAUCGUUCCUUGAAGACGGAAAUGGUUGGGUGCACGACGGGUGGUGAUCAUGAGUACCUCGCCAAGCUCCACUGCCUCCGAGGUGCGUUUUCUAAAAUAAUUUCCAAUCCGGAUAAACGGCAGUGGAUCAUGCUCAAAGGGAAGCAAGUUUUUUGUCAGUUGCUAAUCAAGGCGGAUAAGGAUCCCACCGAGUUUGAGUCAUCGUACGACGAAAUCGUCAACUGGUCACAAGAAAGCGGAAAUUGGGGUUUGAUCGAUAACGAGUUGAAAGACCGGGGUCUCCGCGCCCUCACAUUUUACGACAUUGUACUUGACUAUAUUUUCCUCGAUGCGUUUGAAGACCUCGAAAGUCCGCCCGCCUCCGUUCUUGCUGUCACACAGAAUCGUUGGUUGUCAAACUCAUUCAAGAAAUCUGCUCUGGGAACAGCGGUGUGGUCCGUGUUGAAAACUAAGAGAAAAUGGCUCCGCUACUCGGACGGAUUCAUGGCUCACUUUUACACCCUCUCCGAACAGAUCAUGCCCACCUUGGCGUGGGGCUUUCUCGGCCCAACCACAACGGUGCAGGAAAUAUGCUUCUUUUUCAAAGACAAAUUCCUCGAAUUCCUCAACGCGAUCUUCUCCUUUCAAGACGUGCGUUACACGACGCUCGACGAGCUGGCGGAGGACGUCAUGAAGCGCUUGGAAGUCAUGCAGUCACUCAUCUCUCAUCGGAUUGCGCAGGUUCAAACGCCAAAAUAAAUCAAGCUGGUUGUGUGUCGCCUAAUCCAAAAAAUAAUAAUACAAAAUGUGACCUCUAGAAUUGUGUAGCCUUUACUUGAGUACUUAAAAAAAUUGUAGCUUAUCAAAAAGAUAUGUAUGAAACCAAAGAUAAAUAAUUAAGUAAAAUAAAAAUGAAAUGACUGUAGAUGAAUGAAAUGAAUAAUAAUUUUAAAAAAUGUGUUCCGACCGAGUCUUAUGUUUUUACGUAAAUACUUAUCACUCUCUCGCCUUUAUCUUUAUGACUUAUUACGAAUUAAUGAUGAAAUGUUAUCAAUAAAAAAUAUAUUGAGAUUUAUAAAAAACA